GCGGCCCAGCUAUGUCGGCGUUCUCGGAGGCGGCGCUGGAGAGGAAGCUGUCGGAGCUGAGCAACUCGCAGCAGAGUGUGCAGACCUUGAGCCUGUGGCUCAUCCACCACCGCAAGCACUCGGCGCUCAUCGUCAGCGUGUGGGAGCGGGAGCUGCGAAAAGCAAAACCAAAUAGGAAGCUGACAUUCCUGUACUUGGCCAAUGAUGUCAUACAGAACAGCAAAAGGAAAGGACCAGAAUUUACGAAAGACUUUGCUCCAGUAAUAGUGGAGGCUUUUAAGCAUGUUUCAAGUGAGUCUGAUGAGAGUUGUAAGAAACACCUUGGCCGAGUGCUCUCUAUCUGGGAAGAAAGGUCUGUUUAUGAAAAUGAUGUAUUAGAACAACUUAGGCAAGCUUUGUAUGGAGACAGAAAGAUAAGGAAGCGCACAUACGAACAGAUAAAAGUUGAUGAAAAUAACUGUUCACCUCGAAGUUCUCCCACUGACCCUCCACAGACCACAGAUCUCAUUAGAGCAUUACAAGAACUAGAAAACGCUGCCUCUGGGGAUGCAGCAGUUCAUCAGAGAAUAGCUUCUUUGCCUAUAGAGGUCCAAGAUGUGUCCCUGUUAGACAGAAUAACAGAUAAGGAAUCUGGAGAGCAACUUUCCAAAAUGGUAGAUGAUGCAUGUAUGUUGCUGGCGGAUUACAAUGGCAGGUUGGCAGCUGAAAUAGAUGAUAGAAAACAGCUAACUCGAAUGUUGUCGGACUUUCUCCGAUGUCAAAAAGAAUUCCUUGCAGAGAAAGAACAUAAGCUGGAAGAGUACAAACGCAAACUAGCCAGAGUGUCCCAGGUACGGAAAGAACUCAGGUCACGCAUCCAGAACCUGCCUGAUCUGUCUCGACUUCCCAAUGUCACGGGCAGCCACGUACACCUACCAUUUGCAGGAGACAUCUACAGCGAUGAUUGAUU